AGUAUUGGAAUGAAGAAUAGCUUGCCCGUCUUCUUGAUGUCGAUUUACCUAAUCCCGAAAGGUAAGGAGAAGAAAUGCAAUCAAAUGGGCAAUACAAAGGACGGAAUGUGGAAAUGGGACUUGGCCUGGAGAAGAAGCCUGUUCGAAUGGGAAGCUGACAGUGCAGAGGAGCUCAAUGUCAUGAUCAAAGAUACUAGAAUUUCACCAGGAAGCCCAGACAAGUGGCUGUGGACACACAACAAUGAUGGCAAGUACUCAACCAAAUCAGCUUACUCAAUGUUGAUAAAAGAUCACGAUGGAUUAAAUGAAGCUUCAACUUUUAAGAGGGUGUGGAAUCCAAUUCUUCCAAAUAAAAUAGCAGCAUUUAAUUGGCAAGUUUUAUUAAAUAGAAUCCCAACCAAACUCAAUCUACUAAAAAGAGGAUGUGCUAAAGGAUGGGCUAAAGGAUGGGAAGACAGCAAGUGCGUCAUGUGCGAAGCAGAGGGGGAAGAUUCGGAUCACCUAUUUUUAAAAUGUAGGUUGGUCAAGUGGUUGUGGAAGGCAUGUGCAGCGUGGUGGGGAAUCAAUGUAAGGCUGGAGAAUAAUUGUUGGGAUACAUUCAAGAAGCUCGGGGAAAGGAACAAAGAUUCACGCAUUAAAGAAGGCUGGGACUGCAUCUGGAAUGCUCUGUUAACAGUGGAAGGAAAAGGAAAAGAGCGAGCAGGACAUAUAAAACGAGACAGUAAGCACCCAGAAUUCAUUGGGUUUGGUCAGAAAAGUGAGAAAUGGAAAAAUUGCAAAAGAGGACAAAAACCCGACAUGGGUGUGGUGUCGACACCAUACUACAGGCAUCAGGAUUCCGACACGUACGUGGUGUCGACACCACACAGAAUGGCUAAUUGACUCAUGUAAAUUUAUGCCUUUCAAGUUGGGAUGUUAAUGGGUUUGGGGUACCCUUGUAUUCCGUUUUUUAAUAAUAAAUAUUAUUUUUUGCC